AUGAGUGUCGUGCCACUGGAGAACACAGACAAGCUCGAACUCGAGAGGCUUCACGAUCUUGCCACCCAUCAUGAAUACGCCUCUACCACUGUGGGGAAAGACCACAAGGUUCAAACGACGACCGCUGAAAGUUCAGCUCCGGCCGACUCGGAUACGGGGAGCAGCCCUCUGGAAACUCAAAAUCAAACGGUGUGGACAUUCAAAACCUUCCUUGCGACCCUCGCAUUGGCUGGCCUCUAUGUUGGAUCUCAGAUACCUCUGUAUUUCGUCGGAGCGGUGCUAUCAUAUGUGGCUGCCGACAUCGGUGGAGUCAAAGCGUCGUCGUGGUUGUCAGUGGCUUACGCUCUGCCUCUCGCAGCUGUAGCCCCUUUCUGUGGCUACCUACAAGAUCUGCUAGGGCGCCGAAACAUCACGCUUGCUGGUGGUGUUGCCAUCAUGAUGGGUUGUGUGAUCGUCGCGACUGCACACCACUUUCGCGAAGGUAUCGUGGGCAUGGGGUUUGCUGGAGCCGGAGCAGCAAUAGGAGAACUUAGUGCUCUUGCCGGGACGUCUGAGCUAGUGCCUGUCAACAAGCGUGGCACCUAUCUGGCGUUAGUCACUGGCUUUGUCCUCCCCUUUACUCCGUAUGUUAUAUAUGCUCAGCUUCUAGCAGCAUACCAUACGUGGCGCUGGGGUCUGUGGAUCUGUUUAAUCUGGAACGGAAUUUGGUGGCUGGUGUUGCUGGUGGUCUACUUUCCUGAGUCGCAAACAAGGACAAAGAGAAUGAUGUCGAAAGAGACCUUGAAGAAGAUCGACUAUAUCGGCGCAAUCACUUCGGUUACAGGCUUGACUCUAAUCCUGGUUGCUCUCGAAGCUGGAGGAUACCCCCAUUCCUGGAAGAGCGGAUAUAUCCUUGCUCAGCUUCUGGUAGGGAUUGCGUUGCUCAUUGCAUUCGUGGUUUGGGAGUGGAAAUAUUGCAAAGAGCCCAUGGUCCCCCACGAACUAUUCACCGGGCAGCGUAUUGUGGCCAUGGCAUAUGGGAUUGCAUUCUCCUACGCAGGCAUGAACUUCUACGCAAUGAUCAACUUCUUCCCGCUGGUAUUCCAGAGGGUCUUCACUCCCGAUCCUAUCAAAGUAGGGCUCAGAGGUCUGGGUCCGGGUAUCAGCACUACCUUGGGAGCUGUACUUGCUAAUUCAUCGCUGUCGUGGUUCAAGGGCCACAACAGAGAGAUCCUGCUGGCCGGAUGCGUCGUCAUGACUGCAUUUGGCGGAGCUUUCGCAGCUGUGACGCCGGACCGAGAAAGCCUGGCGAUAGGCCUAGGCAUAAGUACAGGCUUGGGUGUAGGUGCAGUCCUGGUGCCGGCUGCCACUGUUGCCAUCACCGUGGCCCCCGACACGUCGAUCGCAACCUGUGUGGCACUCUCCCUGACAAUCCGCGCCGUGGGAGGGAGCAUCGGCGCCGCAAUCUACUACAACAUCUUCAUCAACAAACUCAAAUCCAAACUCCCAGCAUAUGUCGCCCAGCGUGCCAUUCAGGCGGGGCUUCCCGUGGCGGAGGUGGCUGAGUUCGUCGAGGUCUUUGUGGCCGGAAACGGGUCUCUGUCCGAGCUGGCUCGACUUCCCGGUGUGAAUGAGCAGAUUAUCACCGCGGCGUCAAUGGCCAGCAGAUGGGCCUACGCCGACAGUCUCCAGUAUAUCUGGCUGACCAGCAUCGCUUUCGGCGGCUGUGCCAUCGUCGCUUGCUUGUUCUUGGGCAAUGUCUCCACGUACAUGACUGACCGGGUUGCUGCGAGGAUCAGGAGCUGA